AUGCAGCGCAUUUGUCUGGUGUUGCUGAGUUUGUGCGCAGCCGCGAUGGCUGGCUUUCUUGGUGGCGGCGGCAGUGGUUGGAACUCCGGUGGAGGCGGUCGUGGCUGGAGCUCAGGCGGUGGCGGUGGCGGCGGUUGGAGCGGUGGUGGUGGUGGUGGCAUAUCCUUAUGGCCCAGCAAAUCUUCCUACAGCAGCGGUGGUGGUGGUGGUAGCGGCUGGCGCUCUUCAGGCGGUUGGUCUGGCGGUGGUGGUGGCAGCGGAGGAGGCUGGAAAUCGAGCGGUUCUGGUGGAUAUGGCGGCGGUGGCUCUAGUUGGGCGCAAGCACUCAGCGGUUGGAAAUCGAGUUUAGCAAGCGGCGGCGGUGGUGGUGGUGGCUGGAGAUCAGGUGGUGGCGGUGGUGGCUGGAAAUCUGGUGGCGGCAGCAGCGGUUGGUUAGUUGGCGGUGGUAGCGGCGGUGGUGGCAGUGGUGGUAUUUGGAAGCUUAGUAGUGGCGGUGGAAGCAGUGGCGGUUAUGGAGGUGGUUGGCCUUCUGGUGGCAGCAGUGGUUGGUCAUCAGGUGGUGGUGGUGGUGGCAGUGGUUGGAAGUGGUAA